GUCCACCGUGAAGAAUCAAAAUUCCCCAUUUAAGAUCAACAUUUCAUUUCCCUAAACAAGAAGCAGCAGUCCUUAUCAAUCUCUACGCAGAGCUUGAAAGACUAUUGCGUUUGGGAAGCGAGGAAAGUGCGAGAAAAUGAGCGGAGCAGGAAAGAAAGUAGUGGAUGUUGCUUUCAAAGCAUCAAAGAACAUUGAUUGGGAAGCGAUGGCAAAGCUUUUGGUCUCCGAUGAGGCUCGCAAAGAGUUCGCCACUCUUCGUCGCACUUUCGAUGAAGUUAACUCCACUUUGCAGACCAAAUUCAGCCAGGAACCUGAACCUAUUGAUUGGGAAUAUUAUAGAAAAGGAAUCGGCUCGCGUUUGGUGGAUAUGUACAAAGAAACUUAUGAGAGUGUCGAGAUCCCCAAGUUUGUUGACACAGUCACUCCUCAAUACAAACCGAAAUUUGAUGCCUUGUUGGUUGAGUUGAAAGAAUCAGAAGAGAAAUCCUUUAAAGAAUCUGAACGUUUGGAGAAGGAAAUUGCUGAGGUUCAGGAACUGAAGCAAAAGAUCAGCACCAUGACAGCAGAUGAGUACUUUGAGAAACACCCUGAGCUGAAAAAGAAAUUUGAUGACGAAAUCCGGAAUGACAACUGGGGCUAUUGAGACAUCUUUGGUAAUAUGAGGGCCAAGCUAUAAAACAUUAGACCGGUAUUUCUGAAUUGGAACCUUGUUUCUUUUUCCCAAAUGAUGAUUGUAAAAACGUCAUUUUGUGUUAAUUUAGUUGAUCAUUGAUGGAAAUGUUGGGAUCCAAUAAUAAUUCACUUCAGAACCAAGGUGGAUAUUGCAAGACGGUUUUUUCAAUUAAGUUGCAUCCAUUUCCAUGGGUAAACUUUCUUUUCAUCUGCCUUGUUUCGGAUGUGCAAAACUAAUUAAUAAAUCCCGAUUUU